AUAAGGAAUUUCCUGUAUUCACUUUUCUUUUCACUCUGCAUGUACAUCUCCUAGAGCCCCAAAGCCUGGUUGAAACUGUGGAGAUGAUGAAGUUGCUGGCAGCAUGAGGUGCUUUUCUAGGGCCAUGGGUUCCUUGAGCUGCAUACUUUCUCUGCUUACUGGCUUCUCUUACCUAAGUUCAUCAAAUCCUUUGCUGGCACAGCCCAGUCCUGGCCUGUUCAGCAUGUCUGAGAGAUCAUAGUUUCAUCAAGCUGCAUGAGCAAAUGAGGGUGAGAAUGAACAAGACUACCCACAACAAUCAGGAAGUUAAGAAACAUGUGCGUCUGCAAGAUCGAAGGGGCUCCAAUGUGUCACUGGUGUUGGACAUGAGUUCUCUGAGCAACACUGAACCCAUUUUGCAAGUGUCCACCCCUAGAGAUGUCACAGUGCAGUUACUGAACUCUGCCAGUCAUGUUCUAACACAGAAGAUGCUCCAGCAAUGGAGCUGCAGUCUGGAAGAGCUUCAAGAGGAGUUUGCGAAAAUCCCCUCAAACUUCAUCAGUCCAGAAGAACUCAACAUUCCUGGACGGGCAGCAAAGGAUAGAUACAAAUCCAUCCUACCAAAUCCCCAGAGUCGUGUCUGUCUCAAGAGAGUCAACAGUCAAGAAGAGGAGUCCUACAUAAAUGCAAAUUACAUCCGGGGUUAUGCUGGGCAGAAGAAGGCCUAUGUUGCCACACAGGGACCCAUGCCAAAUACAAUCAAUGACUUCUGGACAAUGGUGUGGCAAGAAAAAACUCCACUCAUAGUUAUGCUCACCAAACUCAAAGAAAGGAAAGAGAAAUGUAUCUGUUAUUGGCCUGAAACAGAAGCAUCCUAUGGACCAUUUGCAAUUCAAGUCCAAGACAUUUGUGAAUGUGAUGACUACACCAUUCGUAGCUUUUCCCUGCAGUUCAAAGAUGAAUGUCGCACUGUGAAACACAUUGUCUUCUCAUCCUGGCCAGACCAGAGGACACCAGAAUCAGCCAAGAUGCUCUUGCAUUUGAUUUUUGAGGUGGAGAAAAUUCUGCAGGUUGCACAAAACAUGGGACCAAUUGUUGUGCACUGUAGUGCAGGCAUUGGGCGGACAGGCUGCUUUAUUGCUACCCAGAUUGGAUGCCAGCAGCUAAAAGACAAAGGAGAAGUAGAUAUUUUGAGGAUUGUCUGCCAGCUACGCAUAGACAGAGGUGGAAUGAUACAGACCAGUGAACAAUACCAGUUUGUCCAUCAUACACUUGCCAUGUAUGCCUCACAGCUUCCUGAGUUCACAGACAACUAAUCCAUCAUCUUGUGGUAGCAAGAGGAGCUGUUUAUAACUUGAAACUUUGCUUGGAAGAGCCUUUUUCUGAUCACAAGAUAGUGAAGUAUUUAUAUUUCAACCACUUGAAGUAUAUAGCUCAUUCAAGAAGUAUUUGGUUGUUGGUUUCAUUUAAAGCGAAUUUACUUAAGCUGGAUGUAGACUUUUUAUUUCAUUUUUUAAAUGUUUUGAACUUCCUGUUUAACUUUUGUAAACAUAAUUUUCAUUUC